UAAUUUCGCAGUACAAACACAACACAACUACUUUUACUAAAUGUACGACAUUACAACGCAGAGUGCACCUGUGUGCUGUUUGAUUUUCUCCAAUGUACUUUUCUUUUUCUUUUGCGAUGUACUACAAAUAUCUUUAAUUUCAUCGUGUAAUGUAAUCGCACUUUCCAAAUUGUUUCAUAUAUAUUUGAUCAGGGUUUGGUGGGUUUUUGAGAUUCUUCAUCAGUCUCUUCUCUUGUCUUCAUUGCUGCUGCAAAGAUUGAUACAUUUCUAAGGAGCAAAGGGUUUGAGUAUAUUCCAAUGGGAAAUGUAAGCAAUGAAGAACAAGAACUCAGAGAGAUUGAAAAUUUGGAGAGAGAAGACGUGGAAAAAGCUGGAGUUGAUUUAGAAGAUGCAAGUGGAAUAGCACCAUGGACGCAACAGAUUACAGUUAGAGGACUGAUUACUAGCAUCUUUAUUGGCUUAAUUUAUAGUGUCAUUGUGUUGAAACUGAACCUCACAACUGGUUUAGUCCCUAAUCUCAAUGUUUCAGUUGCACUUCUUGGUUUUGUGUUCAUUAAACUUUGGACUAAGAUUCUUGAGAAAGCAAAUAUUGUUUCAACACCUUUCACUAGACAGGAGAAUACCAUUAUUCAGACUUGUGCUGUUGCAUGCUACAGUGCUUCUUAUGGAGGUGGUUUUGGGUCUUACCUUUUGGGCUUGAAUCGGAAGACAUAUGAGCGAGUCGGAGGGGCUAGUACACCAGGGAAUACUCCUGACACCAAGGAGCCUGGAAUUGGCUGGAUGACUGGCUUUCUCUUUGUUACUUACUUUGUUGGGCUAACAGCAUUAAUUCCUUUUCGAAAGAUGAUGAUAAUAGAUGCUAAAUUACCUUAUCCAACUGGAACUGCAACGGGUGUUCUUAUUAAUGGAUUCCAUACUCCUAAAGGAAAUGUCAUGGCCAAGAAGCAGGUUAAGGGUUUCAUGCGGUUCUUCUCAUUCAGUUUGCUUUGGUCUUUCUUCCAAUGGUUCUAUGCUGGUGGAGACCAUUGUGGAUUCGGUCAGUUUCCUACUUUUGGGUUGAAAGCAUGGAAAAACACAUUUUACUUUGAUUUCAGCAUGACUUAUGUUGGAACAGGAAUGAUUUGUUCACAUCUUAUCAAUUUAUCAUUGCUUUUUGGAGCUGUAGUUUCAUGGGGCAUUAUGUGGCCACUGAUCAGAGUUCUAAAAGGAAAUUGGUUCCCUGGAAGUUUACCAGAAAGCAGCAUGAAGAGUCUUAAUGGUUAUAAGGUUUUUAUUUCCAUUGCAUUAAUCCUUGGUGACGGACUCUACAAUUUUAUCAAAGUUAUAUAUUUUAGUGCCUUAAAUUUUCAAGCCUGCAUGAAAAGGAGGAGUCGCAGAACAGCUUCAGUUACAGAUGAUGAGCAGAACAAGACUCCAGACGAUCUUACCCGCGAUGAAUUCUUUAUAAAAGAAAGUGUUCCAAUAUGGUUAGCAUGUGCAGGUUAUGUGGUACUCACCAUAAUCUCCAUCAAUGUUAUCCCUUUAAUAUUCCAUCAAGUGAAGUGGUACUUUGUGGUGGUAGCUUAUCUCCUAGCACCAAUUCUUGGCUUCUGCAAUGCUUAUGGUUCUGGCCUAACCGACAUGAACAUGGCUUAUAAUUAUGGAAAAGUAGCACUUUUUGUUCUUGCAGCCUUAGGAGGGAAAACUGAUGGUGUUGUUGCUGGACUUGUAGCAUGUGGGCUAAUAAAAUCACUUGCUUCAACUUCAUCUGAUUUAAUGCAAGACAUGAAGACUGGUCAUUUGACUUUAACUUCACCGAGAUCAAUGCUUGUAACACAAGCAAUCGGUACAGCAAUAGGUUGUGUUGUAGCACCUCUCACAUUCUUUCUUUUCUACCAUUCUUUUGAUGUUGGAGACCCUAAUGGUGAAUACAAAGCACCAUAUGCUAUCAUCUAUAGAAACAUGGCAAUUCUUGGCGUUGAAGGCUUUUCAGCACUACCAAACCAUUGCUUAGAAUUCUGCUAUGCUUUUUUUGCAUUUGCUGUGUUGAUUAACUUUUUAAGAGAUUGGAACCCUAAAAAUAUUGGGAAAUGGGUCCCACUUCCUAUGGCAAUGGCUGUGCCUUUUGUUGUUGGUGCUUACUUUGCAGUUGACAUGUGUGUGGGAAGUUUAGUUGUGUUUGUUUGGAGUAAAUUGAAAAGAAAGGAAGCUGAGUUGAUGGUUCCGGCGGUUGCUUCUGGUUUGAUUUGUGGAGAUGGGAUAUGGGUUCUUCCUUCAGCUGUUCUUGCUUGGUUUAAGGUUCGACCACCAAUUUGUAUGAGUUUCGCUGCAAAUAACUAGAAGACGUUUUCUUGUAGAUCUUUAGAAGAAAUUUGUGUAGUCAAAUUUUGUUAGUACUUAGUUCAUAAAGAUCCUUUUUUUUCUUUUUCAAGGAGUAGUUCAUAAAUGUCUUAGUCAAAGGAGAAUGUAGAUCUUAUUUAAAAGGCUUAGGGACAAUAAGUGUGAAAAUGUUGAUACUUGAGAGUGAAUUCGUGUAAAUAAUUGUUUUCUUUGAGGCAAUUUUAUUGAACAAUAAAAACUAUUUCCGUAA